GACCCACAUAUAAGGGGGGGAGAGGAAGAACCUGCUGAAGCCCAAGCGGGAAAAAUGCCUGCACCUGCUGAUGAUCAUACUCUACUUCGUUCUCCAAUUGGUGGUUCUCAACCUAUUGGCUUUGACUGCAGGACAGGGCCACCACAUGAAUCCUGCAACACCAAGGUUGUUAUUUCUAAGAUGCGGGAGGAGAUGCGGGAGGAGAUGCAAGAGUUGUUCCGGCUUAUGCAGUAUAAUAUAGCUCCUAUGAUUCAGAAGGAAGUUGCUCCUAUGAUUCAGAAGGAAGUUGCAGCAGCUCUUGCACAGUCUGUACCUUGCCCAGAGACAAAUGCCCCUAUUGUCUCUCCUUCAGGGCCUCAUCAUAACACUCUUGGCAACAUCGAAAGAACUGAUGCUGUUGCUGGGUCCUCUGGUGGUCCUAUCACCCAGUCCUCCCCACAAAAUGAAGAGAAUGAUGGAACAAACAAAUUCUUGUUUGUGGAUGGUUUUUUUAACUUCUCGGACCCUGGACCUGAAACGGGGACAGGAGAUUUGGCAGAUAUUGUGAGGGAUUAUUGCAGUCCAGCACUACAUGGAUUACGCCAUUGACUGUGGGUGCCAGGAAUUCUAUGGAGUUUGCUGUGUCUUAAUGUUUUUUGGGUUAUAUCUGGAGUUGGUAACUGGGUAUUACAUGAACCUAUUGUCUCUCCUGUAGACCCUCAUCAUUACCCUCUUGGUAUGUCAUUUCUUACGGGGGCAUGUCACAUUUAUGUUUAUGUUGGCUUAUCGUGGCUAUGGAUUAUGUUGGUGUAGCUAUUAUCAAGAAUGAUAUGAACUUAAUGAACACUAAUUAGGUGG